AUGGGAAAAUCUCAAACCAAGAAGAGAACCGCAAGGCAUAAUCCAAUUCGUGUCCCGGAUAGCCAUCACAAGUCCUCCAAGGACAAUCACACUCAGGUUAUCCCCGUUUUAGAAAAGUUUAACUCGCCAAAUCCAAAUGAUAGAGUCUGGGCUUGUGCAGCAACUUCAAAUCUAAUUGCAAAUGAUUCUUCCACUCGUAGGCUUUUACAAUCUAAAGGUGUCAUUUCUCUCUUAAUUGGAAGAUUAACCGAUGAUGAACCUGAUGUUAUAAAUGAAUCAACUGGUUCUCUUAGAAACCUUUGUAUUGAUGGUGGUCCGGAAAUCUGCGCUGAAAUGUUUAAUAAGAACAUACUUGCUCCUUUAAAAACUCAUGUUACAAAGAUUAUCCCUUUGAUUGAAAAUCUUAUUCAAGGUCAUCCACCCGCUGAUCACGAUGAAAUGUCUUGGAGAAAUAUUGUUUGGUCCUGGGUUGAGAACAUUGUUACUAUCUUCUGGUGUCUAUCUGAAACUUCCAAUAAAGCAUUCAAAGCCGUCAACGAUCUCUCAUUACCUCCAUUCUUGGUUGCAUUUUUGAAGAACGACCUUAGAAAAAAUGCACCUCUUUCAACUACUAUUGCUUCUGCACAAUGUUUAUUCGUUCUUUCUGAAGAAAAUAGUAUGUUUAAAAGGCACUUCACUGACAACCCUGGUGAUUGUACCGCUCUUGUCGAUAUAGUCCAAGAUUCUUUCGACGGUCAAGACCAAGUUAAGGCUACCCUAUCAAAAAUCCUAGCUUGUGGUAUAAUACGCAACAUAUCUCCCUUGCCUGCUGUGAUUCCCGCAGCUGCUAUUGCUAAUGAUAGUAGUACUAUCCUACCUAUUCUUAUUUCUUGCUUAAACGCAGACUUGAAAUCUCUCUCCGAUGAAAGUGAGACAUUAGCGUCAAAGCUGCCUCAAGUUUCUACCAAGCAAAACAAGAAUUCUACUGACCACAAGUCAAAUGAGGAGAAGAGAUUAGAUGAAAUUGAGCUUGUUUUGAUCGCACUUCAAAGCAGUCUUGACGUCCUAACAGGAUACUGCUCUCAAAUACCUGACGAUGACUUUGAAAUUAAUCAAGAUGAAGAGGAUCAGAAUGAGGAUAUGGAAGAGGACAUGGAAGAAAACAUUGAUGCAAUCAUUGAAGGUGAUUCGAACAUGCAGGAUAAUGAAAUUAAAGAUACUCAACCAGUGGCAACUACUUCAAUCAUUCCAUCCUCUUUAGUCAAGUUGUUUGGUCCAGAGAUAGCCUUACAUGAGGGCUUAAUCAAAUUAGCUUUCCCUACCAACAUGUCUCUCCUUCGCACUGGAUUAUCUGCUAGGUCACCUCAUCCACCAACAACUGCUCACUUGUCCGCUGUACAUUUGCGUGCUUUGGAAGCUCUUCAAAAUCUGUUAUUAUCUUUGGCUCGUUAUGCACCAUCACCAUCUAGUCCUACAUCGGAUAAUGAGGCUCAAGCAUGGUCGGAGCUGAAGCAGCAAUUGAAGCCAGCGUUGUCUCAGUUAUGGAAUAAACUGUUCGAACUAGGUCAGGCGAUUGAACCAUGUGAAAUGAAUGACUUUACGAUCAAGACUCAAAGCGCUCGCUUCGGUUGUAUAGAUAAUCUCGUUGGAUGUAUGCUAGGUGUUUCAAAGGUAUUAGGAGAAGAUUUGAUUCUACAAUCAUCGGAAAUUGCAGCUUUGACUUCAAUUUACAGGUCUACGACUUCCGAUGCUCUCAAGAGUAAGGUUAUUGGAACUUUAGGUAGUCUUGCGCGCCGUCAAGAUGCCAUUGAAGACAACAGAUUGAUUGGCAACUUUUUCAUCGAUUUGUUAUUCAAAUUACCACAAGUAGCGUCACAAGCCACAGCUGAAUCAACGACUGCUGAAGUAACAGUUGCAGUUCUCAACGAGCUUUUCGAUGUUUAUGCUGAUGAGAACUCUUCUUAUGAUGUUCCAGUGUUCAGGUAUGAAAAAUUCUUGAGCAAGCUUAGAGGCGUUGUACCUUUAGUCAGGACUUGCACACGCUCGGUUGACAGAAAAUUCAAUCCAGAACUCCGAGCAACAAUAGACGAGGCCUAUCAAAACUUCCUUUCUUUCAUACGGUAUAGACAAUCAGUAGUUUAA